AUGGAAAAAUCGAAAGAAACAAAUUCCAAAUUGACUUCUGCAUUGAUUUCUAUCAAAAACUUGGAAAAUGAAAUUGAAGAAAAAUGUGAACGCAUUGAAGAAUUAGAAAAGGAAAUUAGUCAACUCAAAGAAUCUUCAACAAGCACUGGCAAAGAGCUUCAAGGUCAACUCAGCGAAAAGGAUGAAAAAAUCCUCGAAUUACAAAAUGAAAUUUCCAAAUUCAAAUCUCUCAAAAAGAAAUCUGAAGAAAAGUUGAAGACUUUGGAACAAGAAAAUCAAACGUUACAAGAUGAGAAUAAUGAGCUCAAUAAUCUCAUUGAACAAUGUUCCAAACGUAUCGAAGACAAAGACAAGCAAAUGAAAAAACUUGAAGAAUCACACAAGAAAGCUCUCGAACAUGCAGAAAGCAAAGUUUCACAAGAAAGAGUUACUGUUGAGAGAGAAUUAGAAAAAACAAAAAUCGAAUUAAUUGCCAAUCAAUACUCACAGUUAGAACAUUUCAUUCUUGAUCGAACGGUACUCAAUAGCCAGACCAACGACUUUUUAGUUCUCGACAAUUUAUCCAAGAUUUAUUUCAAGAACAUUGUCGUGAAGGAAUUUUUGAGUGAGAUUUAUCCAACGCCUGCUAAAAUUCUUCUCAAAUGUAUUCUUCAAUGGAAUCCAGAAGAAGUUAAAACUGCCACUCUCGAUUCCAAAAUUAUUCUCGGAAAGACAUUUGGAAUUAAUUUAUUGAUUUCUUUGAAUUACUUGUUGGAACGUUUCAAAACCACACGAAACAAACCCAAUAACUUUUCAGCAGGAGCCAAUGAAAGUGGAGAGUUGGAAAAUUCGACAUGUUUAAUCUUGUUCUGGAUUCAUACACUCUACCGAUUGAUUCAUGAUUUGGAAUUGAAGAGAAAAUCUAACUUGUCACCAAUUUUCGAGCAGGUGACACAAAAACUCAUCAAAAUAGAACCAGCAUUGUUAUUGGGAGAUGAUGUUCCUACUUGUAAAUUCGUUGCCAUGCCCUAUUUAGUCAAUUAUAACGAUUGUGAGAAAGUGACGAAUGAAUCACUUUUAGUGACAAGUAUUGACUCAUUAGUAGUGAAACUUUCAGAAAUUUUGGUACAAAUGUAUGCCGAAUUCUUUAGACAUGUCAUUAUUCGAUUGAGACCGUAUCUCAUUAAGGCAAUUUUCAACAGCAAGUUGACAACAUCCAAAUCUACCGAUGGUGGACUCGACACUCGAUUGUUGCAACAAUUUUUGAACCGAAUUUUCGAUACGUUCAAACAACUUCGAAUGGAGCCACGAGUGACUCAUCACUUUUUCUCCAAUCUUGCAAAAUUAAGCGAUGCCGUAAUUUUCAAUCAUUUUCUAUUGAAAGAAACCAUUGGAGCAAAUAUUGCCUUGACUGUGAAAAUGGGACUCGUCUUUCUCGAAAAUUGGUUCCAAGCCAAAAACUUUGCAGAUAUUGAACUCAUUGAAGGAGGCACUCAACAACAAUUAAUCUCGUUCCAUUAUUCACGAGAAUUGAGUGAUGUUUGUAUUCUAGGUCAGAAACAAGUAUUGAGCGAUGAGUCGUUACGAAGUGCAGUGUGUCCACACAUUACCAAACCUCAAUUGGUUUAUAUUUUCAAUCACUUGUCAUUGGAUUCUGAAUUCAAAUCCACAACCGCCGCAAAUGAUACUUCCGUUCCAGAACGAAGUUUAUCUCCAACCAGUAGUGGAAAUAGUAAUAACUCCAGCAGUCGGAGUCCAACUCCUAACAGCAGUAACAGCGGCAAUUUAGGUCUUCAACACUCAUCCAGUGCUGAUAAUUUGGAAAAUUCCACUCAACCUCAAACACCCAAGAGAAAUCCAUUACAAAUUUCACUUUCUUCUUCACAAGUUUUGACAAGUGGCAGUUCACCUCGAAGAACCUCUUUUAAAGGUUCGCUCGGUGGUGGUGUUCUUGCAUCUUUGGAUUUAGAAAAACGUUUUGAGGGAAUUAUUUUCGUUCCAGAAAUUGAACUUUUCAAAUAUGCUGAACGAGAAAGUUACGGAGUCGAUCCUUCUUCAUUUUAUGGAGUUUUGGGUCCACUUGCCAACAUGAUGCUUCGUUCUUCAUCUUCUAAAAGCAAUCUCAUCGAUAAGGAUUCUCCUCGUUACAAACUCAACAAGGAAUUGGAAAAUGUUCAACAACAAAAGGAACACAAUUUCACACUCGUUGAAAACAAAUUUUUAUUUUACUUUAGUGGAGUUGCAGAGACACAGGCAUCGACCAAUUUCAUUCUCGAAGAAUGGCUAUUUUCAGUCAUUUCAAAUUAUGGAGGAAAACGAGAAGCUGGUGUUGAGGGAAUUGUGAAAAUUCCACGAGAACGAAUUUUCAGUCAGUGUGUCCAUGUUUUUAAUCCACCGACAUUGGUUGUGGAACAAGGAACUCCAACCAGUGCUCGAACAAAGGGAAAUUCUUCAUCGACACAAAAGAAGAAGACAUUUAAUUUUGAAGAUGAAUUGGCUUUUUUAUUUGAUUAA